UCCACAAUCACCCUUCUUAUUCUUUUACAACUAUAAUAUAUUUAUUUAAGCUCAAGACAGUAUGAAAAUGGACAUCGAUUUGACACCCAAAGUGGCCAAGAAAGUGUACGGAGGUGAUGGUGGAAGCUACCAUGCAUGGUGCCCCAAUGAUCUACCAAUGCUGAAACAAGGCAACAUUGGUGCGGCGAAACUUGCUCUUACGAAGAAUGGUUUUGCACUCCCGAGUUACUCUGAUUCUGCUAAGGUCGCUUAUGUUCUUCAAGGGAGUGGAGUUGCUGGAAUUGUUCUUCCGGAGAAAGAAGAGAAGGUUCUGCCUAUCAAAACAGGGGAUUCCAUUGCUCUUCCAUUUGGUGUGGUGACAUGGUGGUAUAAUAAGGAGGAUACUGAGCUUGUGCUUCUGUUUUUGGGAGAUACUUCGAAAGCCCACAAAACUGGUUCAUUUACCAACUUUUUUCUAACGGGCUCUAACGGAAUCUUCACAGGCUUUUCAACAGAGUUUGUAGGCAGGGCAUGGGACUUGGACGAUAAGGUCGUGAAGACCCUUAUUGGGAAUCAAUCAGGUAAUGGAAUUGUCAAGCUCGAUGCAGGUUUUAAGAUGACUGAGCCUAGUGAGAAACACAGAAACGGCUUAGUGUUGAACUGUCUCGAAGCCCCCUUAGAUGUUGAUAUCAAAAAUGGUGGAAGAGUCGUGGUUUUGAACACGAAGAAUUUGCCUUUGGUUGGUGAGGUUGGACUGGGAGCUGAUCUUGUUAGGCUAGAUGGAAGUGCAAUGUGUUCUCCGGGUUUUUCAUGUGAUUCGGCUUAUCAGGUGACUUACAUUGUCCGAGGCAGUGGGCGUGCUCAGGUUGUUGGCAUGGAUGGAAAACGUGUUCUGGAAACAACAGUCGAGACUGGCAAUCUGUUCAUUGUGCCUAGGUUUUUCGUGGUUUCAAAGAUUGGUAAUCCAGAAGGCCUGGAAUGGUUUUCUAUCAUAUCAACACCAAAUCCGGUAUUCACUCAUUUGGCUGGAAGCAUUGGUGCAUGGAAGGCCUUGUCUCCGCAAGUUCUCCAGGCAUCUUUCAACGUGGGUUCGGAUGUGGAGAAGCAGUUCCGCUCUAAAAGGACCUCAGAUGCCAUCUUCUUCCCUCCCUCCAAGUGAAGACUUGCUGCUCAUAGCUUAAUUUGGUCAUUCAGAGCUCUAUAAUUAAGCUAUCAAUCUUGUCAAACAUGCAAGUAGUUUAGGACUUUAGGUUUCUUUGUUUCUAAAAUAAUGUUUGGCAUGGAUGUUGGCUGAACAAAGUAUGUUUUUCCUGGUUUUGAGUAUUAUUGUUAAAUAUAUUAGGAUUUUGCUGUUUACGUC